AUGCAGCCUCUCUACCGUUUACGACUGAAUCCCGCCCGGACGCUGCGGGCGCAACCCCGAUGGCCACGCCCAUCCCGUCCUCUGCUGGUCCCCGUCCCCGUCCCGGUACGCCUUGCGACGACAGCAACUUCACUCUCGAAAAAGCUCGAUCUCCUCGCAAUCGACCGGAAAUGGCAGGAGAAAUGGCACACCGACGCUGCGGCCAAACCUUCGUCCGUGAACGGCGCCGCACCCGACAAACAAAAGUCCUAUAUCCUGUCCAUGUUCCCGUACCCCUCCGGAACGCUGCACAUGGGCCAUCUGCGCGUGUACACGAUAUCAGAUGUGCUCGCGCGUUUCUAUCGCAUGCGUGGCCAUGACGUGCUGCAUCCGAUGGGGUGGGAUGCGUUUGGACUGCCGGCGGAGAAUGCGGCGAUCGAGCGCGGGAUCGAUCCGGCCGAGUGGACGAGAGAUAACAUUGCUCGCAUGAAGGCGCAGCUGCGGAGUAUCUCGACUUCAUUUGAUUGGGAUCGGGAACUGGCGACGUGCGCCCCGGAAUUCUACGAACAUACGCAGCGGAUAUUCCUCAAGUUAUAUGAGAAAGGUCUGGCGUACCAGGCGGAGGCUCUGGUCAACUAUGAUCCAGUGGAUAAGACAGUAUUGGCCAACGAGCAGGUCGAUGCGAAUGGCUUUUCCUGGCGCUCCGGCGCGAAAGUCGAGCAGUUGAACCUGAAACAGUGGUUCUUUCGUAUUACCGCUUUCAAAGAGGCGUUACUGAAAGACCUCGACUCCCUUUCCGGCGGCUGGCCAGAACGCGUAUUGACCAUGCAGCGGAACUGGUUAGGCAAGUCCUACGGGGCUAAGAUCAAGUUCCCUGUGAACGUGGAGGGAAGCAAGAAGACUGAUCUUCAUGUGGAUGUGUUUACAACCCGCCCGGAUACUCUCUACGGUGUGGAAUAUGUUGCCCUUGCUCUGAACCACCCCAUCGUCCUGGAGGCUGCCAAGAAGGACACAGCCUUACGCCAAUUCCUGGACGAGGCGGCAUCGCUGCCGCCCGACUCUAAAGCUGGCUAUAAGCUGGCUGAUGUGAAAGUGUCCCACCCUCUGCAUAUCAUAGACAAAGAGUCCCCCGAUGUUGCUCGCAAACUGCCGGUUUUUGCGGCACCCUACGUCCUCAGCGAUUAUGGAGAAGGCGCUGUGAUGGGCGUUCCAGGCCAUGAUUCUAGAGAUAUGGCCUUUUUCAAGGAAAACGAGAAUCCUGAGUUCAUACCAAUGGUGAUCGAACCCGAGCCCACAACUGGGGCAGAUUCCAACCCCAGUGCGUGUUUGGUCCCUGCCGAAGACGCAAAGGCCAUUACACAAGAAGGCUUCCUCUCCGCAAGAUGUGGAAAGUACCAUGGCAUUCAAUCCCGAGAGGCGGGGAAACAGAUCAUCAGUGACCUGAACCGCGUGGGCCAUGCUGAUGCCGUUGAACAAUGGCGAUUGCGAGACUGGUUGAUUAGCAGACAGCGCUAUUGGGGCGCACCCAUUCCCAUUAUACAUUGCGGCGACUGUGGCCCUGUUCCAGUGCCUGAUGAUCAGCUUCCCGUCAAACUACCCAAAAUCGAAGGCGAGUGGCUGAAAGGGAAGCGAGGAAAUCCUCUCGAGGCGUCCGACGAGUGGGUGAACACUAAAUGUCCCAGCUGCGGCAGCGCAGCCAAACGCGAUACCGACACGAUGGACACCUUCGUUGAUUCCUCGUGGUACUACCUCCGAUUCUUGGAUCCCGCGAACAAAGACCGGCCGUUUUCACCCUCGUUAGCUCGCCCCGUCGAUGUGUACAUCGGCGGUGUUGAACACGCCAUCCUUCACCUGCUGUACGCCCGAUUCAUAUACAAAUUCCUUGCACAGUCCGAAAUCUCCCCAGAGCUGCCGAAGUCUGAAGAAUCUUCCGCGCCGGCAGAACCAUUCAAAACACUUCUCUCACAGGGCAUGGUCCAUGGCAAGACGUACUCCGAGCCGUCGACCGGCCGAUUCUUGCACCCCGACGAGGUUGAUCUCUCGAGUCCAGAUAAACCCCUGAUCAAGGGGACACAAGUGACUCCCAAUGUGUCUUUCGAGAAAAUGUCCAAGAGCAAACACAACGGCGUUGACCCUACGCAGUGCGCGUUGAAAUACGGUGCAGAUGCCACGCGCGCGCACGUGCUCUUCUCUGCGCCAGUCAGUGAAGUGUUGGAGUGGGACGAGACAAAGAUCGUGGGUAUCGAGCGCUGGUUCGGCCGUCUCUGGAAGCUCGUGCUGGAGGCGCAACAGACACUGGUCUCAUCAUCAUAUCUGCCCGACCUAGACACUGCUGCCAUGCCCGACUCGUUGCAGGGUCUCAGCGAUAGCGACGCCGAUGCCGUCCUCUUCACCCAUCGCACAAUCUCGUCUGUCACCAGCUGUAUCGAAACAAACCCCUAUGGCCUGAACACUGUGAUUUCGGACUUGACCAAAUUGACGAAUGCACUAGCCUCGUCCACCCCUACGUCCCCGCAGAUUGUCUACUUGUGUGUCUCUUCUCUCCUCCGCCUGCUCGCGCCCGUCGCACCCGCGUUGGCGUCUGAAUGCUGGGAGAUUCUCCACAACACGACGGUCCAAAACGAAGUUGCAGGCUCUGCGGGCGGGGCUCGGACAAUUUUUGACUGUCCCUGGCCAACACCACUUCUGUCUGCGGAGCAGGUUGGUGCUCUGGCGACGCGUGGGGGCCAAACCGUCGCUGUGCAGAUCAAUGGAAAACUGCGGUUUACCGUCACGGUUCCUCGGAUGCCGUCGACCACGGCUUCUGAACCCAGUGGAAAGUCUGGCAUGACCGCGGAGGGGCAGGAUUGGAUCGUCAGCCGAGUACUCGAGACCGAAGAAGGUCGCACUUGGUUGCAGCAGAAGAAUGACUGGGAAAGGCGGCGCCGGGUAAUUGUAGUCAAGGGAGGGAAACUGGUGAACGUCGUCUUCUAG